UGAUGGGCUCUACCGCCUUCGAAUUACACCCGCGAACAGACGGGAAACUCCAACUCGGUAGCAUUCGCACCUUCGUCCCAAGGAGAUGGUUCGGUUCUCAUCCGAUUACUUCCCGUCCAGCUUCCCGUUGCCUGACUGACAUCUGAUGAUAUCUGACUGCACGCCAGCAUCGCCACCCCUCACCAUUCGGGCCAUCAAUAAAAUAACAUGGCCGUCGUGAUCAGUGUCCCCUCAUGCUACAGAGCUGAAAUUGCACAUCCAUCUAUCGUGAUACUGUCAUGACCAGGCGACAGAUUCGCUUGAUUGUCUAUCUUGCAGUCUUGAUUCCCAUUGCCGCAGUCGUCUAUCACCACCUUUUGCCAUCAUCACUCGAAUCGUUUACGACGAACCUCGUUGACAGACUACCCCCGUCCGAAACAACCGCCAUGACAUCACAGGCCUCACGUCCCUGUGUCAUCGUAGUCGGCGGCGGCCUUGCCGGGCUUUCCGCCGCCUACUCCGCCCUGCGCGCCGGCGCCCCUUCGGUUCGCCUGCUGGAACGUGCCUCGAAGCCAGGAGGCAACAGCAUCAAAGCCUCCUCGGGCAUUAACGGGGCGCCCAUCUGCUUCCAACAGGCCGCCUGGCCUAAUCUAGGUCCUGACGAGACCUUCUGGGACGACACCGUCCGCUCUGCCGGCACUCGCCUCUCCUCGCAAACCACAAGUCAGCCUGCGGCCAGGGCCCAGCGCGAGUCCCUCAUCUCGGUCCUCACCCAGCGAUCCGCAGAUGCCAUCAACUUCCUCACCGAUCUAGGCGUGGAUCUCACCGUGGUGGCACAGCUCGGUGGCCACAGCCAUCCGCGCACCCAUCGCGGCGCUGGCAAGACGCCCCCAGGAGCCGCCAUCAUCACCACCCUUCUCGGAAAGUUGAAGGAGGCGGGAGGAGACCGGUUCGAGCUGAUGACCGACUGUGAGGUCACCAGGCUGCUCACCGACCCCACCACUUCUGCCGUCUCCAGCCGCGGGAGCGGCGGCUCCUCAGUGGAUCAUCACCCCGUAACUGUUACUGGAGUCAAGUACAGAUCGACCAAGGACGGCGGCAACGGCGGCAGCGGUGACGGUACUUCUCUCCACCAGCUCACCGGUCCCGUGAUCUUCACCACCGGCGGCUUCGGCGGUGACACGCACGGCCUGCUGGCCCGCUACCGCCCGGAUCUGGACGGCAUGCCCUCCACCAACGAUCCGCGACCGGGCACCCACGAUCUGCUCGCCGCCGUCGGUGCCAGGCUGGUCGAUAUGGACAGUGUGCAGAUUCACCCGACCGGCUUCGUCGAUCCGGCCAAUCCCUUGGUGCCCGUCAAAUUCCUCGCCGCCGAGAUGCUGAGGGGUGAGGGCGGCAUCCUGCUGCACAACGGCAAGAGGUUUGUCAACGAGCUGGAAACGAGGGAGCGUGUGAGCAACGCCAUCAUGGCUCUGCCGGGCGACGGAGUCGAAGGCGCUUCUUUACGCCAAUGGGAUAUUCAACUCCUGCUCGACCCGGGCGCUGCCGAGGCUGCUGCUGGCCACAUGGGGUUCUAUCUGUGGAAGGGCCUGAUGAAGAAGCAGAAGGUUUCCGAACUCGAUGCAACCACCAAGGAGACGCUGAAGGAGUAUGCGAGCGUGGUGAGAGGGGAGAAGGAGGAUCCGUUCCGCCGCAAGGCGUUCGGGCACUGGAAACUCGGCGUGAGCGAUGCCGGUGCUAUUGAUGAAGACGCAGAGGUGUGCGUGGGCCGCGUUACGCCCAUCGUGCAUUUCACCAUGGGUGGUGCCGUGUUUAAUGAACAUGCCCAGGUGCUUUCGUCCGAGCUUGGGGAGGAGCAGAAGCCUAUUCAGGGACUAUGGGCCGCUGGCGAGAUUACUGGCGGUAUUCAUGGGGAUAAUCGCCUGGGUGGUUCGUCGUUGCUGGAGUGUGUGGUGUUUGGGAGAAUCGCGGGGGCAGAGGCGGCUGAUGUUGCGAAGAGGGCUUACAUCUAAGGCUUGAUGGCACUAAUGUUUGGGAAGACUUACGGACGACGGUCAAACAGACGCUUGAGGGUCAAAGUUAAGGCCUUGCAGGAUUAGUCUAUCUCUGCUGGGUACGUGAUAACAGUUUACAGGAGGGUUGUGAUAUGACCUUUUGGGAUUGGGCGUUGGAGUUACGGUUACCGGAGUAUGGGAUGUUUUCGGGCUACCAAGUAUCGUCGCCAAGGUGGCCCUAAUCUACAGACUAUUUACUACACACAUAAGCCCUUUAUUAAGGUCUGCGCGCCAGGUCUGGCAUAGGAAG